AUGGACCAUACACAUCCUAUAGCUGGCCCGUCCUCCACAACAAGAUUAACAUCGCAAUUAUCAGCAUCAGAAACAAGCGAGGAUGAGGAUGCUUACGGACUAGGCUUAGACGAUAUUUUGCCAGAACCGGAAUCUCCCUUACCUCCACCCUUUUCCUUUUCCGUCUAUCGCCCUCAUCCGUCAUUCCAGCUCACCACUCAAGACUCAAGAGAUCAGCUCGUAUUACGUCUAGUUGGAAGUCACCCUUUGUGGGGACAUCAUCUUUGGAACACCUCCCGUGUCUUGUCAGACUUCCUACUGCGCCAUGACGAGAUGGUCAAAGGAAAGAAGGUGUUGGAGUUAGGGGCAGGGGCAGGACUUCCGGCGAUAAUAAGCAGUCUCGCGGGAGCUGAGAAAACUGUCAUCACAGAUUAUCCUGAUGAGGCUCUGUUAGAAAAUAUCAGGUGGAAUGUCGACUGCAAUGUGCCUGCUGGCAGGAGACCGACAGUCGAGGGUCACGUAUGGGGUCGAAAUGUGGAAGAACUCGUGCCUCAGGGUACAUCCGGGGGGAAAGACAGAGGAUAUGACCUGCUUCUUCUCAGUGAUCUGGUUUUCAAUCAUUCUCAACAUGCUGCUCUCGUCCAAAGUGUCAACGCCUUACUAUCCUACAGAUCCUGUCCACCCUUUACAACGCAAGAUCCCUACCCGACUCCUUGCAUUCUCGUAUUUUUCACCCACCACCGACCUCAUCUCGCCCAAGCCGACCUAGCCUUCUUCCCACUUCUAGCUCAGUCGAAGCCGGACGAUGGAGGUAGCUGGGCAUAUGAGAAAGUAGUGGAAGAAUGGGCUGGUGCCAUGUUCGAAGAUGAUCCGGGUGAUAUACACGUACGCGGAACCGUGCAUGGUUGGCGAUGCUGGCGGGUUGGAGAGGGUGAAGGAGGGGAGAGACCAUCCAGGCUAGAAGGGGCAUAG